ACAUGGCGAGUCUGGCUGUGUUAGUGGUGUGUUGUGGCCGCCGCUGGGUACUCAUCUUACUUACCAGUUCAUAUCCGCCUAAUUACAAGCCUACAACCACCAACUUAGAAGUUUAAAUGCUCUCCGCAGUCACUACCAAAUUCAGAAACAUCAUCGGUAUUAGUUCCUCUAAACCAGACACACGUAAACGGUCGCUGGAAGAGGAAAGUGAAGACGACAUUUCUGGGGACGGGGAGGGGGAACCUGCUACCAAGAAGAGAUGUCGUCCCCAUACAGAGCGUGAUGAGCCCAUGAUUAAACGCUCAUACAAUCGACUUUACAAGAUAUUCCGUGAAGGCUUCUCUGGGGUUUGCUCAUUGGCAUCGAAUUUCACUUUGCGAUCCAACAGUGAGCUGGUCAUGGUGGACACAUCACCAUCCAAAAAUAACAGGAUUAAGGUCACUGUGUCAUCAAAGCCAAGUAGCAGCAAGAUAGACAGAGCCCAAGGUGGCAGUAAUGAGGUGGGGUACAGCCGGACAGCGGAAUCGCCACGAACAACACGAUUCAAUCACUUGUCCAGGAAGAUGUCUAGUGACGAUGAUAUACAGUUGAUAGAAGUAAGAGGUCAAGGGGACCAGUCAGAUCAGCCAACAAGGAGACCCGCCCUGGCUCGCCGACUUCCUUCACCCGGGUCAACUCAAUCUUCAAGUCCUUCCAUCAAUCCCAGCUUCCAAUUUACCCCAACUAUCAGUCCCAUACCAUCACAAUCCACAUCGGAUGUUAAAGCUAGACCAACCAUCAAAGAACCAAUUAAGCUAAAGAAUUCUGAGGAUAUCCAGAAAGUUCCUUUCAUCAAUAGAAAGUGUGGAUAUGUCACUAGAAACCCAGUCAGGGGAGUUCAUGAUAGAUUUUUGGGCACUCGAAUGAAAAUGCGAACCCUGUCUCAGUCUGGGAGAGGCAGCUCUUCUGCUGAAGAGAGUUUUCGGUAUGAGGACAAGGUGCGUUACCGGCAGUUGCUACAGCAAUUCACAAGCUCUUCAGUGCUGCCUUCCAGCUAUUCUGUGUACCGUGCACCGUCCAGGUCGUCCAAUGUUUCCAACAGCAGCAGCUCUUUGGGACUAGUAUCACGGUCCCGAUGUAAUUAUAUUUGGACGCAGGAAAAACGUCGGCAGCUUGAAGAAUCACUCAGAGCUUCAACGUCUUCAAGUAGACCUCUCUUAGAAGGAACAGAUUCUGGGGUUAGUGAACCAACAACCAGCAAAAUGACGAAAGACAUCCCAGUAAUUGACUUGGCAAGAACAGAGAGCACCAAUAGCGUUCAAAGUGCUAAUGAUUCUGAUAAAGAAAGUGUGAUCUUUGUUGAAGAAGUGAUACAACCGUCAUCACGUAAAAACUCCCUGGAGGAAAUCCUCCAAAGUUCACCCGUUUUUCAGAAUAGUUGGUAUAAGGAUCUACGGAAGGAAUAUGAUUUACGCUCCAAGAUAUCACAAAAGGAGGUAGAGCUAGCAACUCAGUUGAAGAAGAGUUUGACAGAGAGACGGAUAGUGCAACAGGCAUCAUUGGACGACCGCCUUUCACGCAGGAUGAAGUUCCUGGACCUGACCUUUCCUUCAAAGGUGGAAGAAAUACAGCCAGAGGAAGAGCCGGAGGAAUUUAUACCACUUACUUCAGAGAUGGAGGUAAAUUUGGUAUUGGGAUGUUUUCACACAACACGGUAUCACAGACAACGCUUUAAUGGUUUGGGAUCUCAACUUUGGGUAUGGAUGUAUGUUCUUGGAUUACUGUAUUAGUUGGGGGUUAUCCCU